UUUUGGUUGUUAUUCGGGUUGAAAAGAUUGACGUGUUUUUCAUUUUAUGCAAGUUAUCGGUGCCGGUUUAAUUAAAUUCUCUUGGGGCACAUAAUUAUUGUUUACUUGAAACUAUAAAAUUAGCGAUAAUGUUACAAAUGCGCAGUCUAGGUAUUCUCCUAUUCGUCGCGGGGACGUAUGCUUUGUACGACUCCUCGUCAGAUGUUAUAGAAUUGACUCCUAGCAAUUUCGACCGACUGGUCACUAAAUCUGAUGAAAUAUGGAUAGUUGAAUUUUACGCUCCAUGGUGUGGACAUUGUAAGAACCUUGUUCCCGAAUACAAGAAAGCUGCUCGUGCUUUAAAGGGCGUCAUCAAAGUAGGUGGUGUAGAUGCAGAUCAGCACAAAGACUUGGCUCAGAGGUAUGGAGUUACUGGUUUCCCCACUAUCAAGGUGUUCUCUGGCAGCAAACAUACUCCUUACCAGGGUCAAAGAACUGCUGAAGGGUUUGUGGAUGCAGGAAUCAAAGCAGCAAAGGAGAAAGCCUAUGAAAACCUUGGGAAGAAGUCUGGUGGAUCAUCAGAUAAGUCUGAUGUAAUCACACUGACUGACAGCAACUUUAAAGAACUGGUGCUGGAUAGCGAAGAUCUCUGGCUGGUAGAGUUCUACGCUCCCUGGUGUGGGCACUGCAAGAAUCUGGAGCCCCACUGGGCUAAGGCUGCUACAGAACUCAAGGGCAAGGUGAAAGUUGGUGCAUUAGAUGCGACAGUGCACCAGGCCAUGGCUUCACGUUACCAAGUGCAAGGCUACCCAACUAUCAAGCUGUUCAAUGCUGGCAAGAAGACAUCUGACUCUGUAGAGGAUUACAACGGUGGAAGGACAUCAAGCGAUAUUGUGGCUUAUGCAUUGGAGAAGCUCGCUGAAAACAUUGCUCCACCAGAAAUUAUUCAGGUAGUAAAUGAAGAGACGCUGAAGGUGUGCAGUGAGAAGCCAUUGUGCGUGGUGUCCAUAUUGCCGCAUAUACUAGACUGCAACGCCGCUUGCCGCAAUGACUAUAUCUCUAUCCUAGCCCGUCUUGGUGACAAGUAUAAGAACAAGAUGUGGGGAUGGGUGUGGACGGAGGCGGGAGCGCAGCCUGCACUGGAGGAGGCGCUGGAACUGGGCGGGUUCGGGUACCCGGCUAUGGCCGUCGUCAACGCUAAGAAACUCAAGUUCUCCACACUAAGGGGAUCAUUCUCUGAGACUGGCAUCAAUGAGUUCCUAAGGGAUCUUUCAUUCGGACGAGGACAAACUGCGCCAGUGAAAGGCGCGGAAAUGCCAAAGAUCAGUGCCACAGAGCCUUGGGAUGGGAAGGACGGUGAACUGCCUCCCGAAGAGGAUAUUGACCUCUCCGAUGUGGACUUGGAGAAGGACGAAUUAUAAGUGAUAGUGCUUAAGACUGCCAAUUUUAGUUUCACUUAAUUAUUAUUAAGAUCUUUGUAGUCUCAAAACAUCACAUAAAAUAAUGUCCAGACAUUUUUAAAAUUUUCUUUUUCAAUAGAAUGCUCAGUAUCAAUGUUUCCUUUUAAUUUCUUUUGUUUUGUAAACAUAGGUAGUGUAGAGUUUAGAUUCGCAUUUAUCUACUACAGUUCUUGUAAUAAAUACUAAUAAUAUUGUAUAUUAUAUAGAAUCUUUCCAUUUAAGACAAAUGAUAUAUUGUACAAUUUUUAACAUAUCUUUGAAAUUAUGGCGUAGUUUUGGAUUUUUUUUUAUUAUAUAUGUUUUUAUAAAUAUAUCACUGUAUAACUCAGGAGUUUUUGGUCAGCGUUUAUCUCAUUAAUUAAUUAGAAUGAAAGUUUAAUAAUUAUUACUAUUAAUAAUGUUAUUUCUGAUUAAUGCUGACUAAAAUAUGUGAGAUCUAUUUGUAACAUUCUGUAAUAAUGAAUGGUCUCAAUAAUGUAAUUAAUUUUGUUAAAAUAAGGCAAUUAUUAAUAAUGUUUUGACUGCCUCUCUUCCAGUGUGUAUUUUGAUAUUUGUGGCCAUGUUUUGAUUACUAAUUGAAAGGCUAUUAUAAAUUUUUAAUAUAUCAA